GGUUUUUUUACAUUAUCUGCUGCAAUCUCUGAAAUAGAUUGCUAACUAUCUGAGUUGGUUAAAAGCUACCGGAUUCCUGUAGCUGCCGGACAUUGCUGGAUGGAUUUUAUAAAAUUCCCGUUGCUAAAAACCGUCACAAUAGAUACAUUAGCGACGGUUUUCGUUAAACCAUUUGUAAAGACGUUCACCAGCGGUUUUUGAGGUUUUUAACGAUGGAUUCUCGAAGAACUCUGUCCUCCACCAUCGGCAUUUGACAGAUUUCAAUCUCAUUUUCCUCUUUGGAUUUUAUUUUUAGAAAUUUUAUUUCAUAGCCAUCACACAAAGGUGAAAAACCAUCGCGCGAAUUUCAUCUCUUGGAUCUUCAUCCGAUUUUAUUUCGUGGAAGUCAAAUUGGGUUUGAGGAGGAAGAGGAAAAAUCCAAUCUCAUUUAUGCUUGGUUUUACGAGAGAGAGGGAUCAGCACAACUCAUUCAAGCUUCUUCCGCGCCGUACUUGCAUGAAAGAUUUGGGGUUUAGGAUAAAAAAAGUUGGAGGUUCAAUUCUUUCGGCAGCAUUGGCGGUCAUUGCUCGAAGAACGAGAGCGAGGCGGUUUAAUGCUCAUGGGCAACUUGGUUGCUCCUCCUCAAGCCUAUGCUGGGGAAGUGUUCUGCCGCGUGGAACUCCCGGCUGAAAUUGUACGCGCAGGAGGGCCGCUUCUUCCAGGCCCUCCAGCUCUACUGUCAAAUGCAGCUUUCUGGUGUCCCACCUGAUGGGUUCACUUUCCCUUUUGCCAUUAAAUCAUGCGCAGCCCUGCAACUGCCGAAAACCGGCGAGCAGCUCCACUCCUGCGUAAUCAGGAUUGGAUGUGGCGCGGAGUUGUUCGUCCGCACUGCACUGAUUGCGAUGUAUGCGAGGUUUUCACGAAUCCGAGAUGCACGCGAAGUUUUUGACGAAAUGCCCCGACGGCAGAAUCUCGUCUCUUGGAACGCUUUGAUUGCGGGGUACAACCUCAACAAGCAACCCUUGGAAGCUCUGGUCUUGUUCCGUCAAAUGCACGUCCUGGGUAUCGAGUUUAAUUCGAUCACAAUGCUGGGUUUGGUCCCUGCUUGUGCUAGGCUUCAGGAUCUGGAAACCGGUAGAUGCCUCCACGGUAUUAAUAUCAAGAACGGGGCUGAUUUGGACGAAUCUGUCGCUAAUUGCUUCAUAACAAUGUACGCGAGAUGCGGUGACAUGCAUGAUGCCCGUCGGCUGUUUGAUGCGUUGCCUGAAAAAAAUAUAAUCACUUGGAAUGCACUGAUUUCCGGAUAUUCACAGAACGGGCAUGCUGAUGAUGUACUCCGCCUGUACCGUGAAAUGGAGAAAGUUGGUGCUGAAGCUGAUGCGGUUAGCCUCGUCUGCAUACUUUCUGCUUGUGCAUCUCUUGGAGCUCAGAGUAUUGGGCGUGGGAUUCAUGAACAUGUCAUCCAGAAAGGUUUCCAGUUCAACGUUUUCCUAAUGAAUGCCUUCAUCAACAUGUAUGCUAGAUGUGGCAAUUUGGAGUUAGCGCUCAAGUUGUUUGAUGAAAUGCCCCAGAAAAAUAUUGUUUCAUGGACUGCAAUAAUCAAUGGUUAUGGUAUGCAUGGUUUAGGAGACAUGGCAGUUGAUCUUUUCGAUAGAAUGAUAGCUAGUGGUAUUCAAGCUGAUUCUAUAGCAUUCGUGAGUGUUUUAUCAGCUUGUAGUCAUGCAGGAUUAGUUGAUAAAGCUUGGGACUAUCUCAAAUGCAUGAAGAAGAACCAUGGAUUAGAGCCUCGGCUGGAACAUUAUGCAUGCAUGGUCGAUGUUCUUGGACGUGCAGGUCAGAUAAACGAGGCUAGGAACUUAAUUGAUGCAAUGCCAAUGAAACCGGACGGUGCAGUCUGGGGAGCAUUGCUUGGUGCUUGCAAAAUCCAUCGCAAUGUUGAGAUUGCAGAGAUUGCUGCUGCAAAUGUUUUCCAGCUUGAACCAACCAAUGUUGGGUACUACGUAUUGCUAUCAAACAUAUAUGCUGGCUUGCGAAAUUAUGAAGGGAUGGCAACAGUUAGAUGCAUGAUGAGAGAGAGGGGGUUGAGAAAACCGCCAGGUUGCAGCUACAUAGAGUUGCAGCAGAGGGUUCACAUAUUCUUGGCAGGCGAUAGGUCUCAUCCCCAGGCUGAAGCAAUAUACAAAAUGCUGGAUAGGUUAGAGGAAUUAUUAAAGGAAGCUGGAUAUGUAGCGGACAUGAGUGAAGCUCUCUAUGAUGACAAAGAUUCAGAGUAUGAGAUGCUGGCAGUUCACAGCGAGAGGCUGGCAAUUGCUUUUGGGCUUAUGAAUUCAGAGCCUGGAACAAGAGUUCUUGUCAUCAAGAAUCUGCGAGUAUGCAUUGAUUGCCACACUGCAAUAAAGUUUAUGUCAAAGGUUGUUGAACGGGAGAUUGUCGUCAGGGACGCCACUCGCUUCCACCAUUUCAGGAAUGGUGACUGCAGUUGCAAGGAUUUCUGGUGAAACGCAAGAGCUUACUAGAUGGUUGAUUUUGGCAAGUUAAUUUUUUUUUUUACAGAAUCUGUUAAACAUGAGGUUUCCCAUAAAGUUGGUUGAAUAAAAUGAUAAUGAGAGUACGGCUGGUAAAAGAAUUUAGCACUGGAAAAGAACUUACUCAAAUAAAUGUUGCCAACGAGGAGGAAUUUCAUUUGUCAGCUGGGCUGUGGUAAAAAGGACCGACUUUUUAUGUAAUUCCAAUGUCAAAGAUCUGUGGACCAUCAUCAAAACGGAAAACGAACGGUUACGUUUCAUGAAUAUCUGUGAGUUUCUUAUUGGCAAAGAAACAUUGAUUUUCUCCGAUUCAACGAAUGGAUAAAUGGAAAUACAUAAGCGUGCCAUGGUGAUUGACAGUUCAAAACUUCAAAUGAUAGCUGGUUUCAGUUGUUGAAUCAAAGCCAAACCAAGAAAUCAAAAGCAUCUCUUGUACGGAAGAGCCUGCUGAAUGGGAUAACAGAAAGAGUUUCACCGAUGCCAAAUAUGCUGUAUCUUUUCACUUUUUCAGAAAGCGGAAUUGACGAUGGCUGUCAAACGGCUGAAUCAAUUUCCUCUGCUUGAAGAAUGCAGUUGCAGCUGAAGAAACCAGUUAUGACGUUGACUACGAACUUCCGCUUUUCAAAAAAACAGUUUCCAACCCUGCAGGCAAGCGCCUAUAUUAGAGUUUCUUGUUGGGAACUUGAAGACCCAUUAAACGGCAUACCUAAUGCAGGUAGAAGCACAUGUUUGCAGUCAAGUGUCAUUUCAAAGGCUGUCGUGUGUACCCAAUGAUUGGUGCAGAUGCCACCCCAUCUCGUCAUGGCUGUGUCCGCAAGAUUCAAGAAUGAGGAGUUGAUGGUCAUCUGAUUCGAAUCUGAGUUCUAUAGAGGGUUGAUCGAUAAUGUAACGUCUACAACGCAUACUGCAUAAAAACUAAGUGCAGGAUAGGGAAGUGCCUGAGCAAGCUCUUGUCAGCAAGUGAUUACAUACAUGAACGUGAAUUAUAGGCAUAAACUGCGGAUGCACAUAGACAUUCUGGACAAAAUGAUUUAUAUGUGUGCAUAGAUGGAACAUGUUUGUGCUUGACUGGACCUUGUACGUGAACAUUGAUGGCGUUCCUUCUCUCUAUAAAGUCAGCUGAUCUGCAGCUCUGAAAACCGAGCUCUCAAACGAAUAUUUGCUGUGAGCAAGUCCUCCACAAGACCGAGUGGGGACGGUGGUUGUGGAAUUCUUGACAAGUACGUAGAACCAACAUGUUUGGACAUAAUGUUGUUAGAUUGUGGUCCAUGCAAGGGUUUGUCAAAUUAAUAAAAAGAAUGCGAGAUUUAUCAUUCAAGACCCAUGAUGCCUUCAUCCGAGAAAAAGUUCAUAAAGCUGAAGAGGCUUCCUCUUUCGAGUUUUUACAUGUCACAGGAAAAUCAACAUGGUCAGGUCUCCCACUUCAAACAUAGUUUCUUCAUUCUUGGAACAAAAAGGGAUUCAUGAAGCACUUCAGGCUUUGAAUUGCCUCAAAAAACUAAGAAGCAGGCGACUUUACUGAAAAAUAGAGUGCAAGUGAUUCCGAAUCUCAGUUUUCCACCAAAUCUACACAAAGUUUGGUGGAGUCAGGUCCUAAAAGAAUGUCUCAUUUACAAACAACGAUGGACGAGAUCAAAAACUUCGGGCUCACUUGAAUCCAGGCCACGUCCACAAAAAAAAAAAAAAGUUUCAGUUUACAACCAUGGAUUCGAGCAGAGAUUUCAGGCCCACUUGGAUCUAAGUAGGAGUAUGUUAGACCCGAAUCAGUUGGAACUUGGCGGAGGGCGGGACCCUAGCUUUCAUGGCACAAGCAUGAUUCAAAUUCCUUCCUUGCUUGUUACUCUUUGCAUAUUCAGUCACUUUAGGUGUUCUACCAUUG